AUGAAGAUCACCCAAGUGGUCGAGGACUUCGAGAUGGGGAUGGAGGAAUCACAGAACCAGCGCGACAGCCGCGUCGAGGAGCUGUGGAGGAAGCUGGACCCGCAGGGCACGGGGGAGCUGGACCUCAAGAAGCUCCAGAAGGGCCUGCGGAGGAUAGACCAUCCUAUGAAGAACGCCGACGACCUGCUGGGGGAGAUUAUCAGGGUGGUUGACACCAACCGGGACGGCAAGAUACAGUACGAAGAGUUUCGUGUGUUUGUGGAGGCUGCCGAGCGCCAGCUGCUCCGUCUCUUCAAGUCCAUCGAUCAUAAUCACGAUGGCAAGGUUGGUCGCGAGGAGCUGAGCGUUGCCUUCCAGAAGGCUGGGCUGGCCGUGCCCAAGAGGCGGCUUACUGGGUUCUUUGAAGAGGUCGACACGAACCGCGAUGGAUUCAUCAGUUUUGACGAGUGGCGUGACUUUUUGCUGUUUAUGCCCACAAACCCAAGCGGCUCACCUCUCGAGGCUGCAUUAUCAUAUUAUUCUUCUAUUGUUACUAUUAAUGCUGAAGGCGAUUCUAUGGUCACGGAUGAGACACUCGAGGGCAUAGGUACGACCGGCUUCCUUCUUCACGCAUUUUUUGGCUCCAUCCUCAGGCUUGCACAACCUGCCCCCUCUGAUCCGCCUCCCAAAAUCAACCAACCUGGACUCCCGACUGCGGCCUCCCCGGCGUCCACCCCCUCGUCAGAGUCGACCUUGUCUUCAAGAAAACCCCCUCUCUCGUCACAACUCAAACCACCACUCGACGGUGGAUCUUCGACCCCACCAGACAACAGCCACAUGGCACCUGUCUAUGCCAAACGUCCUCCUCAGCCUGCUGCGGGCAGCGUCCAAGGCACGAUCCAGCAGGCCACUGGAGGCGCCGUCAGAUCCCUCCAGGCCAUGAGCGCAGGCACUUCGUUCGGCGGCGGCGAUAGCAGCGAUUGCGACGACGACUUUUUGGACAUCCACAACCACCACCCCCAGCUGCUAUGGCGCGAGAUUGAUGGCGAGUGCGAGGAUGAGGAUGAGCUUACAAAAUCGAGACUGACCCAAUACCUGCCUGAACCAGGUUACUUCCUUGCCGGUGCUCUCGCAGGCGGGAUCUCACGUACCGCGACAGCUCCCCUCGAUCGCCUCAAGGUCUACCUGCUCGUCAACACAACGACAAAGGCUGGCGUCGCUGCUGAUAUUGCCAAACAAGGUCAACCUCUAGCCGCUGUCCGCACCGCUGGCAAGCCAAUUGGCGAUGCUAUCCAUGCCCUGUGGAAGGCCGGUGGUUUCCGAACCUUCUUCGCAGGGAAUGGCCUGAACGUGAUCAAAAUCAUGCCUGAAACCGCGAUCAAGUUCGGCUCGUACGAAGCAGCGAAGCGCACCCUGGCCACUCUUGAAGGUCACGACGACCCGACCAGAAUCAACCCGUACUCAAAGUUCGCUGCUGGCGGCGUGGCAGGAAUGACUGCACAGUUCUGUGUAUACCCACUGGACACCCUCAAGUUCCGUCUGCAGUGCGAAACUGUUGAAGGCGGUCUGACUGGCAACGCGCUCCUCGUGCAGACCGCCAAGAAAAUGGUGGCUGAGGGAGGCUUCCGGAGCGCGUACCGAGGCAUCACUAUGGGACUGGUUGGCAUGUUUCCUUACAGCGCCAUCGACAUGGGCACGUUCGAGUUUCUGAAGAAGACCUUCACGCGAUACAAGGCACGCUACACUGGACUCCACGAGGAGGAUGCGGCGCCCGGCAACGUCAUGACUGGUAUUAUCGGCGCGACUUCGGGUGCCUUUGGCGCCACGGUGGUCUACCCUCUCAAUGUCCUUCGCACACGACUGCAGACGCAGGGCACGGUGAUGCACCCACCGACAUAUACCGGGAUAUGGGACGUGGCGCGGAAGACGUACAGGAACGAAGGCCUCCGAGGCAUGUACAAGGGACUGACGCCGAACCUGCUCAAGGUCGCCCCGGCCCUGAGCAUCACGUGGGUCGUCUACGAGAACUCGAAAGCUUUCCUCGGCCUCCACUGA